AUGGUUAGAAAUUACACUCACAAUACUGAUACGCUGGUCGUAGCGGUGCUACACAAGGUAUUGGGCUGUGCUGAACCUAAUAUAUCUUCUCGCCAAAGGCCAGUUGAACAAGAUAAGGGGGCGGUUGAAGCGGAGGAAACCCCACGUGCAUUGCAGAAAGUAUCGAAUCGAUGGUUUAUAAUCGAGAAUAGGCGUGAAGAUAAGUUUGCCAAAGACUGGCUCGGCCCAGCCGAGGUUCUGGCACACGUGGCUCUGGUGAUGAACUUUAUCAUUGACGAAGCCCUCAAUAAGGGAUACCGGUUGCAUCUCAAGAAUACUAAGGCUUGUGUGCCGCCAUUUGGUCGUCAGGACAAACGUCAUUAG